CAACAAUCCUCUUCACCACUUCAAUUCUCUCUCUCUCUCUCUCGCUCUCUCUUCUCUCUCUAGCCACAACCACAACAAUCCUCUUCACCACUUCAACUCUCUCUCUCUGUGUCCCCAAAACAAUCGUUCUCGGUUGUUCUUUCUAGCUUUCGCUUUUGGUCUUUUUCCUAAAAGCUCGUGUCUGGACUGCUCCAGAGACCACAAAAUGAAGAUGCUGUCUAGAAAAGCCACCUUCAAUUCCCAUGGCCAAGAUUCAGAAUAUUUCCUGGGAUGGGAGGAAUACGAGAAAAACGCAUAUCACGAGGUCGAGAACCCGAGUGGAAUUAUUCAGAUGGGUCUGGCAGAGAAUCAGCUCUCUUUCGAUCUUCUGGAGUCCUGGCUCGCACAAAACCCAGAUGCAGCUGGGUUCAAGCGAGAUGGAGAAUCGAUAUUCAGAGAGCUAGCUCUCUUCCAAGAUUAUCAUGGCCUUCCUGCUUUCAAGAAGGCACUAGUAGAAUUCAUGUCAGAAAUAAGAGGAAACAAAGUGAGCUUUGAUCAGAACAAGCUAGUCCUCACUGCUGGGGCAACGUCCGCCAACGAGACACUCAUGUUCUGCCUUGCUAACCCAGGCGAAGCUUUUCUCCUUCCCACCCCAUACUACCCAGGAUUUGAUAGAGAUCUCAAGUGGCGUACCGGAGUUGAAAUUGUACCGAUACAGUGUUCUAGUUCGAAUGGCUUCCAGAUUACUGAAUCCGCUCUCGAAGAAGCUUACCAACAAGCUCAAAAACGCAGCCUCAAAGUUAAAGGCGUAUUGAUCACCAACCCCUCAAAUCCGUUGGGCACCACAACCAGCCGAGAUGAGCUCAAUCUCCUGGUUAACUUCAUUACCGCAAAAGGAAUCCAUCUAAUUAGCGACGAAAUUUAUUCCGGUACUGUUUUCGACUCACCAGGCUUCGUGAGCAUCAUGGAGGUUCUAAUGGAUAGGAACUACAUGAACACUGAAGUUUGGAAAAGAGUUCACAUUGUCUACAGUCUUUCGAAGGAUCUGGGUCUUCCGGGUUUCAGAGUUGGUGCAAUUUACUCCAACGAUGUGGCAGUUGUAUCUGCAGCAACAAAAAUGUCAAGCUUCGGACUAGUCUCUUCCCAAACACAAUACCUUCUCUCUGUCAUGCUCUCCGACAAGAAAUUCACCAAAAACUACGUUUCAGAGAAUCAGAAAAGACUUAAGCAGAGGCAUCAAAUGCUCAUUUCUGGACUUCAAAACGCUGGCAUUGACUGCCUCAAGAGCAACGCCGGUUUGUUUUGUUGGGUUGACAUGAGACACCUCUUGAGCUCCAACACAUUCGAAGCCGAGAUGGAACUCUGGAAGAAAAUUCUCUACGACGUCCGCUUAAACAUCUCUCCAGGAUCUUCCUGCCAUUGUACCGAACCCGGGUGGUUUCGUGUCUGCUUCGCUAACAUGUCCGAAGACACGCUAAACCUCGCCCUGCAAAGAAUAAAGGCCUUUGUCGACUCCUCAACCACCACCAACAACAACCAAAGCCGCCACCAAUCUAACAAAAAUCAAAGAAGAAAGUCAUUCACCAAGUGGGUUUUCCGGCUAUCUUUCCGGGACAGAGAGGCCAGCGAACGAUAGUCCAGUGUGAACAUUCCCGUUUGAAUUUCUCCCUUUUUUCCAAUUUUUUAUUGUUGAGUUUCCUUUUUUUUUC